AUGGCUGAAGUGACAAGACCACCCACCAAGGCAUGGGCAACUCUAUCACCAUGGCUGCCCUCACGAGGGCCUGAUGCAGAUUAUUGGUGGAGACUGACAGGCCAGCAUCUGUCUAACAUGGUCGAGGCUGCUGGAUACUCAACAGACCAGCAAUAUGUGGCACUUCUCUUCCACUAUCAUUGGAUCGUUCCCUACAUGGGCCCCGCACCUGGACCAGACGGCAACCUCAAAUGGAAAUCUUUGCUGGGAGUUGAAGGGUCUCCGAUUGAAUAUUCUUGGAAAUGGAAUACUGCGGCAGGCAAGCCCGAUGUCCGCUACACCACAGAGGCAAUUGGCUCCUUCACAGGAACCCUUUUGGAUCCUCUGAACCAGCAAGCCACACUUGAGAUGCUGCAUCGCAUAGCAGAUUUCGUGCCAACUGUGGACCUUACCUGGACCAACCAUUUCUUCGCCACCCUCUACGAUCAUGACCGCUCCAAAUAUGCCAAGGAAGCGGCGGCAGGUGCGCACUUCACCACUACGGUGGUAGUCGCCGCGGAGUGGCUCAAGAAUGGUCUGAAUCUCAAAACGUAUUUUGUUCCCCGUCGUCUGGGUCAAUCGGAUGGGAAGUUGCCCAUCGCUCUGUGGGAAGAAUCACUCAAGCAGCUUGAUCCGAACAGUGAAUCUCGAGCCGCAAUGCACGAAUUCCUCAACAAUGACCCGGAAGGAAAAUUGCUGAGCCCCUUCAUGCUGGCUGUUGAUAAUGUCGUCCCUGAAAAAUCGAGGCUCAAGUUCUACUUCCAAUCUCCCCAUACCAGCUUUGCCUCUGUGCGGCAGGUCAUGACAAUGGGAGGGCGCAUCCCCGUCCCUGAAUCGCAGCUCCAGGAGCUCCGCAGUCUCAUUGCAGCUGUUACAGGCCUAGACUCGGACUUCCCUGAGGAUUCUGAGGUCCCUUGCAUAUCAGAGUACAACCCAGCCGCUAAAGAUAACUUCGUUGAGAUUGAUCUUUUGCUUUCUGGGUAUUUAUACUAUUUCGAUAUUGCUCCUGGAGCAACAGUGCCGGAUAUCAAAUUUUAUACUCCUGUUCGUCGCUAUGGACCGGACGAUGGUGCUCUUGCAAAAGGCAUCGCUGACUGGAUGACAUCUCGCGGAAGGGGUGAAUAUAGCCAGAGAUACCUGGACAUGCUUGCAGAUCUCACCGAGCAUCGCAAACUAGAAGAUGGAAAGGGUAUGCAGACAUACGUUAGUUGUCUGUUCAAGAAGAGCCACUUGGACGUUACGUCCUAUAUUGGCCCGGAGGCAUUUGAUCCCGCCCGCUUUCUGAAGCAUAAAGUACACACCACCCGGUCCACCCGAAGACGGAGCGAUAGUCAUUGA